GGUCACUUGCAGGAGGACCGGCUGCUGUCACUUGCGCUCGGCGCCGCGGCUCGGCUGGGUUCGCCGCUCUCGUGAGCGCACGGGGACGCCCGGCGCACACUCGCGCUCUCCCACUGCGCCGGACCCUCUCCGGCCGCUGCCGUCACCAAACUCCUGUAUCCUCCACCGGAGAAGUCACAUGGGCCCCGAGGUCACCUGCCCGUGGAGGGGCCGCUUGCCUCGCUUCCAAGUGAGGACCUGGAUCGAGCCCGUGGUGGCCUCGACCCAGGUGGCCGCUUCCCUGUACGACGCGGGGCUGCUCCUGGUGGUGAAGGCGUCUUUCGGAGCCGGGGGCCCCUCCAACCACAGCGCCAACCCAUCGCCCCGCGGCGCUCUAGAGGACGAACAGCAGAAGGCCAUCUCCAAUUUCUACAUCAUCUAUAACCUCGUGGUGGGCCUGACGCCCCUGCUGUCGGCCUACGGGCUGGGCUGGCUCAGCGACCGCUACCACCGCAAGAUCUCCAUCUGCGUGUCUCUGCUGGGCUUCCUGCUCUCGCGCCUCGGGCUGCUGCUCAAGGUGCUGCUAGACUGGCCGGUGGAGGUGCUGUAUGGGGCGGCGGCGCUGAACGGACUGUGCGGUGGCUUCUCUGCCUUCUGGUCUGGGGUCAUGGCGCUAGGGUCCCUGGGCUCCUCCGAGGGCCGCCGCUCUGUGCGCCUCAUCCUUAUUGACCUGAUUCUGGGCUUGGCGGGGUUCUGCGGGAGCAUGGCCUCCGGGCAUCUCUUUAAUCAGAUGGCCGGGCACUCUGGGCAAGGCCUGGUGCUGACGGCCUGCAGCGUGAGCUGUGCGGCAUUUGCCCUUUUCUACAGCCUCUUUGUGCUGAAAGUCCCAGAGUCGGUAGCUAGUCCCAGCAAGGACCUUCCCGCUGUGGACACAGUGUCCGGCACCAUCGGCACAUACCGCACCCUGGAUCCUGAUCAGCUGGAUAAGCAGACUGCAGCGGGGUACACUUCAUCUCCUGGAAAAACCAAGCCCCCAAUAUACAUCAUAGCCCUGCUUUUUGUGGGUGCCAUCGUCUAUGACGUUGCAGUGGUGGGCACAGUGGACGUGAUGCCCCUUUUUGUGCUGAGGGAGCCUCUCAGCUGGAACCAAGUGCAGUUGGGCUAUGGUAUGGCUGCAGGGUAUACCAUCUUCAUCACCAGCUUCCUGGGAGUCCUGGUUUUCUCCCGCUGCUUCCAGGACACCACCAUGAUCACCAUCGGGAUGGUCUCCUUUGGGUCCGGAGCCCUCCUCUUAGUGUUUGUGAAACAGACAUACAUGUUCUACAUUGCUCGAGCCGUCAUGCUGUUCGCUCUCAUCCCCAUCACGACCAUCCGGUCAGCCAUGUCGAAACUCAUAAAGGGCUCUUCUUAUGGAAAGGUGUUUGUCAUACUGCAGCUGUCCCUGGCUUUGACCGGGGUGGUGACCUCCACAGUGUAUAACAAUAUCUAUCAGCUCACCAUGGACAAGUUCGUGGGCACCUGCUUCGCUCUCUCCUCCUUUCUCUCCUUUCUGGCCAUCGUCCCAAUCAGCAUCGUGGCCUAUAAACAAGCCCGGUAGUCAUAAUAUGGAGACUUCAUGGAGAAACGGUGGUGCUGACCUGCAGAAGCUGAAAACACCAGCAAUGGCUGAGCCCCCUUGAAGACAGAAGGAAGAACUACUGGACUGAAGCCAUCCACUGCCCAAGAAACCCACAUUCCAGCCAGAGUUGGCCUCAGGAUGACCUGCUCAGGCGCAGGGUCUCUAGUGGGUAGGAAAGAGCACUUUUCUGGUGAUGGGAACCUUUCUCAGCUUGUAGACACUGCUGUUAGGCGGAGGUGAGGUUCUACAGCAGCAGAGCACGGCCCUGCAUGCACACAGCCCACCCCGGCAUUGCAAGGGGCCUAACUCCAGGUGCAGACCACUAGCUCCCUUCUUCCAAGGCUGCCUUGAGGGCUCCAAGGACUGACUAGUACCCUGGGUGCUGUGCUGGAAUCCCAUGGGAGAAGUCAGACCUGAAGGGAUUGUGGCAGGGAUGUUUGUAAGAACUGCAGUCAUGUUGUAUAAACAAUGCUAUCUUUUACAUUAAAAUAAAACCUUGAAAAAAAGUUAGUACUCAUUCCCGAGGCCUCACUAGCUGUGAACACUGGGAAGAGCGAUGGCGCCCAGGCUUUGGUUUCAGGGUAGUGUUGUAAUUGUUGCUUUUAAGAAGCAAACUGCAAAGGACUUUCUUCAAUGAAUCGGUCAAAUGAGUACUUUCAGUAAUACUUCCCAAAGUGGGUGGUGGGAAGAGAGAGGAGAUGUAUAAUGAUCCAUUUAACAUUGAGGCUUAUUUUUAUAGCCCACUUUACUGACAUAAAUAAAAGUGGAUUCGCUUUCUAAUAAAAUCACCAUUCAUAGUA